AACGGUGCGAACCAGCACGUGUUGGGACGCCCGGAUGAACUGGUGACGGUGGAUCCCAAUGGAGUACGUGCUUGGCAGCAAGGACGGCGUUGUAUAUGGAGAGAGGAAGGCAUUUGGGACGUGGAUAGCGUAACAGGACAACCAGUACUGCUGCGUCCAGACCACUUUGCCGGUAUCAUGUACGGACGGGAUUGCUACGUGCCUUUCGCUGCGCGCUUCGCAGAGCGUAUUCGCAGUAUCUUGCCGCAUAUUUUACUGUUCGUCGAGAUGCCGCCACUGGAGUUUAGCAUUGACGAGUUUCCUGAGAUUGAUGACGCCCUCAUUCCUCGCGCAGUUAAUGCUACGCACUGGUAUGAUGGUGUUACGUUGUUUCUCCGUGCCUGGCGUCCGUAUUUCACUGUGGACCCCAGGACUAAGUGCCCUGCAUUUGGCUACGCUGCUGUGCGCAGGACGCACAUGAAACAGUUAGCGGGUAUCAAAGGAUACGGGAGUGAGCAGAUGAACAACGCUCCAACGCUCAUCGGCGAGACAGGCAUCCCGUUUAAUAUGCACAGUGGUAAAGCGUUCAGAAGUGGUGGCUUCAGUGCACAAGUUGGUGCCCUAGACAACACCAUCUCGUGUCUGGAAGCGAGUCUGGUCUCCUUCACGCUCUGGUGCUACACAUCCGACAACUGCAAUGGCUACGGUGACCAGUGGAAUUUGGAGGAUCUUAGUCUUAUCAGCAUGGACAAACCUAUCCGAUCGGGAGCUCAACUGUCUGUUCCAGAGCGAGAUUCUUGUGGUCGAGCGGUUCACGCCUUUGCUCGUCCGUAUGCUACGCGCAUUGCUGGCACUCCUUCCAAGUCGGAGUUUAAUCUCGAUCGAGUGCGCUACGAACUAGAGUUCUUCUCGGACCCAGCCAAGUCGAAUGAAGUUGCGAUGCACCCUACGGAGAUAUUCGUGCCGCAACUGCAGUAUCCUAGAGGCUACACAGUGGAGAUUUCCGAUGGACACUUCUCCGUUCAGUCACACGAUGGCUGGGAUAUCGUGAGCUACUUGCAUGAUCCAUCGAAAGUCAACCACUGCGUCGGCAAGCUCGCAUCGUUCGGCGGAGGAUAA